GGAGUCUGGGCGCAGACAAGCUUUUCCGAAAACGCUGUAACUUUGGCCACUAAAUCACGCGAGGCGUGCGACUGUACAUCCUCAAUAGUAGACCGCUUACCCCCGCCGCGGAGUCCCGUGCCCAAUAGCGGAACGACAAAAAACGCAGUCGUGAAUUAUAAGUUUGCUAGUCUUACAACAGUUUCGACUCUUACCUCGCGUUUGUUAUAUCUCUUCAAGUUGCUUGAGCGCCUAUACUCCUGAUAUGUUUACUAUGUUUAGACAAGCUACGCGGUCUCGUUUGUCAUUUCCUUCCAGAACGGUGAGAGGACUUCCCUCGCUCCAAGCUGCUCCUCUUUCUCGGACCAUCGUCACCAAAAAGUACACCGUUGAGCACGAGAUAGUUCAAUUCGAUGACGAAACGCACACGGGAGUGGUCUCUAUUACGGACCAUGCACAGUCAAGUUUAGGAGACGUAGUAUUCGUCGAGCUUCCAACUGUAGGAAGCCAGGUUACGCAGGGUGACCAAAUUGGGGCCGUCGAAAGUGUGAAGGCAGCUUCGGACAUCUAUGCACCGGUAUCGGGUGAAGUUCUUGAAGUCAACGAGAGAUUAAACACGGAACCUGGACUUUUGAACAGAUCUCCAGAGGAUGAAGGCUGGCUCUGUAGAAUCAAGCUGUCCACGCCAAGCGAGGUGGAUUCUCUACUGACACUUGAAGCGUACAAGGAAACUUUCGAAUCAUAAUUUCAAUUAGAUUACAUUCAGUAUUGAGGCUGCUUUCUUUUGUUCCACACUUCAACGUGUUUAUGGAAUACACCCAAGGGCACUUCUUGACAGUCAGAAAAUGUAUUCGAGAGAAACAGCUGAGUGAAAUAGUUAUCACUGUCGCAAUUGAAAUUACGGUAUUCGCCCCUGUUCGACAACAGAGAAUUGGCAGGGACUUGGAAACCCCAUAAAAUCUUAUCAAACAUGGUCUAAUAUGUAAAUGUCAAUCAAUUUUGGUUACGUCCGUGG